AUGGCCGUUAGCGCAGAGUACAGGAAGAGAGUGCACUGGGACUGCAGGGCAGGCAGGGCAGCAUGGCAUCUCAUUGGGGCCCAAGGACGCUUAAGCAGGCACAUUCAGCUCAGGGAUAGAGAGGGACAGCAGAGGGACAGCCGGCAAGAACAGCCACUCAUGCGUCAUUUGGGGUCCAAGGGACCCGACGCCCCACUUGCUGCUCCCCCUGCUCCUCCCCCUCCGCCGCCACCCCCCCCGUUCCCCCCUGCAGCAGCGGGGGCAGCGCCCCCCAGGCGACCACGGGUAUUCGCUCCGUCUGUCAGUCCCUCGCUCCCUCCCUCGCCUCGCUCCCUCCCUCGCCUCGCUCCCUCCCUCGCCUCGCUCCCUCCCUCGCCUCGCUCCCUCCCUCGCCUCGCUCCCUCCCUCGCCUCGCUCCCUCCCUCGCCUCGCUCCCUCCCUCGCCUCGCUCCCUCCCUCGCCUCGCUCCCUCCCUCGCCUCGCUCCCUCCCUCGCCUCGCUCCCUCCCUCGCCUCGCUCCCUCCCUCGCCUCGCUCCCUCCCUCGCCUCGCUCCCUCCCUCGCCUCGCUCCCUCCCUCGCCUCGCUCCCUCCCUCGCCUCGCUCCCUCCCUCGCCUCGCUCCCUCCCUCGCCUCGCUCCCUCCCUCGCCUCGCUCCCUCCCUCGCCUCGCUCCCUCCCUCGCCUCGCUCCCUCCCUCGCCUCGCUCCCUCCCUCGCCUCGCUCCCUCCCUCGCCUCGCUCCCUCCCUCGCCUCGCUCCCUCUCUCCCUCCCUCUCCCUCUCCCUCCCUCCCUCCGUCCCUCCCUCUCCCUCCCUCCCUCUCCCUCUCCCUCCCUCCCUCCCUCCCUCUCCCUCUCCCUCCCUCCCUCUCUCCCUCCCUCCCUCCCUCUCUCCCUCCCUCCCUCCCUCCCUCCCUCCCUCCCUCCCUCCCUCCCUCCCUCCCUCCCUCCCUCCCUCCCUCCCUUCCUCCCUCCCUCCCUCCCCCUCUACCCUCCCCAGCUUCCCUCCCCUCCUCCCCUCCCCUCUCCUCCAUUCCUCCCUCACCAGGCGACGGCUUCGGCCCGUCCGCGUGGGCGGCAGCGGCAGCGGCAGGCCCGAGGUCAUGGGCCAGAUCCGGCACGCCCGCGACGGUUUCGGGCGGCAGCAGCGGAGGCGGGGAUGAUCCCGAGGUCGUGCGCCAGAUCGAUACGCCCGCCACCGCCCCUCCUCCCCCAUCCCCCCUUCCCUUCUCACCAGGCGACUGUUUCGGCCCAUCCGCGUGGGCGGAGGCGGGAAUAAUCCCGAGGUCGUGCGCCAGAUCCAGCACGCCCGUCUCCGCGAAGUCCGACAGCAGCGCGUGGGGAACACUCAGCGCGCCCUGCGGGGAGCCCUGCGCCUGCGCCUGCGCGUGCGGUUGCGGAGCGUCUCUGUGCGAGGCGGUGGAUUCGGGCGCAACGGACGCCGCGGCGUUCGCCCCGCGCGCGUCUGUAGCGGGCUCGCCCCCGCCACUGCCGGGUCUUGUCGCGCGAGCGUCUGUAGCGGCGGACGGCACAGGGCUCGUCGCACGAUCGUCCGCGGCGGAAGGAGCCGACGCGGCGUCAUUCCGCGCGCCGCCAGCCGGCUGUACGCGAGCGAAGCGGUUGUUGGAGUCGUACGAGGCGAACGGCAAGCGACUCGAACCUGGAGUUUGCGUCAUGCUGCGGCCACCCAGCCCCAAGACCCCCUCAUACAUUGCGCGAAUUGAGAAAAUCGAAUCUGAUGCUGCGGGUCGAGUCAAGAUGUGGUGCCGCUGGUACUACCGGCCAGAGGAGUCUAUAGGGGGGCGUCGGUGCUUCCAUGGAGUUAAGGAGCUAUUUCUGUCCGAUCACUAUGACGGUUGCUAUCCAGAGGCGGUGGAGGGCGUGUGUUCUGUGCACAACCUGAAGGAUUACGCUUACUUGGACGUGGUUGAGGAGGAGGACUUCUUCUGCCGGUUCGAGUACAACGCGUCAACAGGAAUGUUCGCGCCAGAGAGUGUUGCAGUUUUAUCCCUUGCUCUCCCAUUCUCUCUUGCCCCGCCCAUUCUCUCGCGCCCCUUCCAUUCUCCCUUACCCUUCCCAUUCUGUCGUGCUCCUCCUUUUCUAUCUUACCCCUCCCAUUCUCUCUUACCCCUCCGAUCCCCUCUUGCCCUUCACAUAUUCUCUUGCACCUCCCAUUCUCUCUUGCCCGUCCCAUUCUCGCGUGUCCCUCCCAUCUUCCCUGCUGAGAAUUCCCAAUGCCUGGUCCCCCCGGGCCAUCAAGACGUUCGCAUGGCGGAGCUGGAGGCUCGGAGGCUCGGCUGGUCCGCGCGGGCCAUCAAGACCUGGUCCGCCCGGGCCAUCAAGACGUUCGGCAUGGCGGAGCUGGAGGCUCGGAAGCUCAAGUACCCCACCACUGGCACGGAGGCGCUGCUGAUGGGCAUGCUCACAGAAGGCACCAACUACGGCGCGCGGUUCAUGCGCGCAAACGGCAUCAAGCUGAUGGACCUGCGGGUGAGGACGGUGGAGCUGCUGGGCAAGGCGGACAUGUACUACUUCAGUGCCGAGCACCCGCCGCUCACUGAGCCCGCCCUGGCCGCGCUGCAGUGGGCCAUCGCCAAGCACAAGGAGCUCGGGCGGACGGGGGAGAUCUCAACGGCGCUCAUCCUGCUGGGCAUCUGGGAGCAGCGCGAGUGUGCCGGCCACAAGCUGCUCGCCCAGCUCGGCUUCCACGAUGCCCUCGCCUCGCAACUCACUGCUGAUCUUUCAGCGGUCGCUGCCUAG